AGUCUGAAAGCGUAGAUCUAUGCUUAAAGUGAUGGGGAUGUUCCUCGUUAUAUCAUGCCUGUUAUUCUUCUCCAGCUGGGCCACAGUCCACGCUGAUCCCUCUUACAACCCUCGCCCCAAUCCUGAUUCAGUUGUGACAGCGGGUCAGGCUAGAUUCACUGUAUUAACUUCACGUCUCAUUCGUAUGGAAUGGGGUCAAGCUGUAGACUCUGCCACACUGACCUUCCUCAACAGAUACCUACCUACUCCAUCUUUUAAGAAUUACACUGAAGGGGAAGGGGAACAUAAAACUACUGUCAUCCAGACUGAUUACCUGAAGCUUUCUUAUUUACCGGGUGAGUCAUUUAGCACUGACAACUUAAAGAUUGAGUAUCAAGUUAACGGCGAGUCAGAUACGUGGUCCCCGCAGCCUUACGCUAAUGACUCAAUGGGUGGUAAUCUAAGGGGAACAGUCCGAACAUUGGAUGGAAACGAUGGCCUUACAAAUCUUUUAGAUUGUUAUAAGACCACUAAGAGUGACAGUCAUUGCACUCUUGGUUUAAUAUCAAGAGAUGGUUAUGCUGUGGUUGAUGAUACUGGAUAUCCUCAAUUUGAUGAUUCUAAAUGGCCCUGGGCCACUCCCCCUAGUUACAUGUACAACUCAGCUAAUAGUACUUGCUCUGACUAUGAUAAAGAGACUGUUCGUUCGUGUGGGUUUCCUACAAUAUCGCAAGACGAUUGUUUAGGACGGGGUUGUUGUUGGGCAGACUGGACAGUCUUCAAAGGAAUCCCUCAUUGUUAUUAUUCCAAACAAUCUCAUCAAGACCUCUACUUCUUUGGUCAUGGCCACGAUUAUAAAGGAGCUUUGCAUGACUUUACACUAGUUGCUGGAAAGAUACCACUACCUCCUAGAUAUGCAUUUGGUAUAUUUUAUUCUCGCUACUGGGCAUACAGUGACACAGGCCAAAUGGAAGUGGUCAAUGGAUAUCGCAGUAGGAAUAUACCAUUGGAUAACCUUGUUACUGACAUGGACUGGCAUUUAACAUUUUACAAAGAGAAUGUAAAAGAUCCUGCUGGAGAAAGAAAGGGAUGGACUGGAUUCACGUGGGAUGAGAAUCUGUUCCCUGAUCCUAAAGGGUUCUUAGAUUGGUGUAAAGCUAAUAAUUUAAGAAACACACUGAAUCUUCAUCCUGCCAGUGGCAUACAAAAGUGGGAGGUUACAUUUAAUGACAUGGUUAAGGCUAUGGGAUUGAAAGCAUCGGCUGAAUAUGUACCUUGGAAGCCCGUCAAUGUCACAUUUGUUAAUAAUUUCUUUAGCAUAGUACUCAAACGAUUGCAAGAUAUGGGUGUUGAUUUCUGGUGGCUGGACUGGCAGCAAGGUGAAGAAGGACCUAAAACUGGGAUUGAUAUACCAAACCUUAAUCCUACCUUUUGGAUCAAUUAUAUAUUCUUUACCAACCCUUACCAAUGGGGCCCAAUAGAUGAACGAGUUAAAAGGCCUUUCCUGUUGCAUCGUUGGGGCGGUCUUGGUAACCACAGAUAUCAAAUUGGUUUCUCUGGCGAUGUUGUUCCAAGCUGGAAUUCUCUCAAUUAUCAAGUGUCUUUCACCCUAAGAGCCUCUAAUGUACUCUUUGGGUAUUGGAGUCAUGAUCUUGGAGGACACAUUUUGCCAUCCCCUCCUGAACUUUAUACCAGAUGGAUACAGUGGGGAGCUUUUUCUCCAAUAUUUCGCACUCACUGUUCCAAGAAUGUAUUAAAUGAUCGUAGGAUAUGGGUCUACCCAUUGGCUAAUUAUAAGAUCAUGCAUGAAUUUAUGGUACUGAGAGGUAGUAUGGUACCUUAUAUAUACACUUAUGCUAGAGAGGCACAUGAUACAGGCCUUAGUCUUUUAAGAGCUCUGUAUUUUGAGUAUCCAGAAGCUGAUGAAUCAUACAUAUUUAACAAUCAAGUGAGUUGCUGUGUUAUUAAGAUUACUUUAUUCU